AUGCUCGUUGUCCUUGGAUCUCACGCCGCCUACCAACUUUCUCCAUGCCUCACCCCGCAUUUCGCAUUUGUAUCCCACGCUGCCAACGUCGACGUCUCCUACGAGCGAGCCAAGCACGGCAGCACGCCUCUGCGCACCGCAUUUGCCUGCGCUAACAUCAACCCUCAGUCGUCGCCAGGGCCCCGCGACGGCACAAUCUCCGCGUUCAGCGUCGCUUACAUUGGGCUCGUUUCACCGUACUCUCCCCUUCGUCUUGUCGUCGCCAGCCAUGGUUUCGAAGCCGCUCUGCGCAGUGUGCGCAAGUAG